AUGAACAUCAUGGAAAGAGCCCGCCGCGGCCUCCAGCGGCUGAGCCCAUCUAGAAUUCCACCCGACGUCAAGGAGCGUGUGAUGAAAGAAACGGGCUGGGCAGAUGGUUUGCGAGGGAUUGCAGCAGUUUUCGUCGUCUCAUCACACGUUGUUAUCUGCUAUGCGCGAAUAUUAAUUCCACCAUGUUGCGCCCCUUCCAGCAGUACGCCGUAUCUUUUUCAACGACCGAUCUUCCGCCUGGUCGCCAGCGGCCAUUCAUGGGUAGCCAUAUUUUUCAUCCUGAUGGGCUUCGUCAACGCCUUGAAGCCACUUCAGCUCGUCAGAUCUGGUGAAGUCGACAAAGCUCUGCAGAAAUUGGCAUCUUCAUCGUUCAGCCGCAUCUUCCGGCUUGUGCUUCCAGCCACCACUGCCACGAUCAUCAGCUGGCUCAUCUGCAAUUUUGGUCUUUAUUCAAUGUCUGCCCAGAGCGAUGCGUACUGGCUGCAUGAAAAUACCCCUGCACCCAGUUCGAGUUGGUCUUCAGCAUUCGUCGACCUGUUUCACGGUCUCGCCGCGACGUGGAUGUUCGGCGACCAGAAUCCGUACGACCAACCUCAGUGGGCUCUUGUCUAUUUGCUGCAGGGCAGUAUCAUGAUCAUUAGCGCCCUAUCACUUGUGGCAACCAUGACCCCGAGCUGGCGCACGACGACACUGUUCCUCCUGGCAUAUUGGUCAUUGAACUGGAGCCGCAUAAUUGGGGACCCCUGGACUGGUCUCUGCUGCUUUCUCGGCAUCACCUUGGGCGAACUCAGCCUGUCCAAUAUCCCCGUGGCGUUAGCCCCUUACUCGCCUUACUUGUCCCCACCGGUGAUUUUUCUGUCGCUCUUUCUCAUGUCGUAUCCUGGUUCUUAUGCCGAAUCUGCCUCCUGGUCUAUCUGGCUGAGAGACUUUGCAACAAGUUAUUUCCCGAACAACACACUCGGCGCCAUCGAGCGCAUCUAUGGCUCGCUUGGUGGCAUUUUGCUGGUUGCCGGUAUUAUUAUUUCGCCCCAUGCCCGCUGGAUGCUUUCUCGUCCACCACUCUUAUGGCUCGGAAGGGUCAGUUUUGCCAUCUAUCUUCUUCACGGAAUGGUCUUGCGGACCAUUUUUGCCUGGAUAUUGCACCUCGGUCAAUCAAAGGUAAUUCUGAGUGGCCAAGGGGAGGACGGGCAUGCGAUACUUGUUGAGCGGUAUCCAUUACCAGGUUCCUUCCAGCGCUUUCUAGCGACCGUGGUUAUGAGUGUCUGUGUUGGAGUCGCCAGCUACUUCUGGAAUCUGAAUUUGGAACCGUUCUUCGCGAAGAUUACUAGCAGACUCGAAGGCAUCGUGGCUGGGAAGGUCCAGCCGAUUGAGCCCAAGUCGAACGGGAGCACCAUCCUACCGUUGCGCAAGGAUUGA